AUGGAUGCAAAUUUAAAAAAUGAUGGCUCACUGAAACGCAAAAAUCGCAUGCUGAAUUUCACAACGUUAGAGAAGCGCCAACUUGUGAAUUGCGUUAAGGAGUGGCCCAGGAUCUGGGAUAUUAGCAACACAUUGCAUUGCAAUAAGAAUGCAGUAAAUCAAUCCUGGCUCCACAUAAGCAAUGCCCUUGAAAAAAGUGUGGAUGAGUGCAAAUCAGCGUGGAUUAGUAUGCGCGAAAGCUAUCGCUACCAUGCUAGGGUAGCUAAUAAGAACAAAAGUGGCAGCGAUGGUGGGGAAGUUUUGGAAACUCCAUCCUUUUCAGAAAACGUUGAUUGGGAGCUUGCGGAGGAAAUGUCAUUUUUGAUGAAUGUUUCCCACAAACGGAAGACUUUCACAACUCCAGUAUCUUUCGGAGAAGAUUCGCAUGCAUCACCAAUACAUAUCGGCGAGGAUUCUAAUGUGUCACAAACAUGUGCAACCGACUCACAGCACUCAUACGAUUAUAACCCAACACCCACGAAACGAAGACGGCGAUUAACCUCUCCCAGCAAAAAUCAAGCGUGGAGUCGGUUUGAUAACAUACUCAUGAAGCAAGAGGAAAUGUUGGAAAGUCGCUCAAAUACCACACGCAGCUCCCCUUACGCAUAAGCUCUUUCUAGUUUUGAUUGGUUGUU